AUUAUUAUUAUUAUAAUUAUAAUAAUAUUUACUUUUUAAACUUCUUCUCUUCCAAACCCUCGCCUCAACCACCUCCCCCCCUCCAUCGCAAUCUUCUCCUUAUUCAUCCACCCUUCAGCCGCCCGCUGCCACUGUCUUUCUCCUCUCUUCUCCCAAAGAUCCGACCAGCGCUGCCCCUCCCGUUUUCUGAUCUUCUCUUUCCGACGCCGUCGCCUUCAGGACCUUGUCCGAUCGUUUUCGCCCGAGCUCAACGCCAGCCGCCGUCAUCUCCUCGCGAAUCAGUCGCUCGUCAUCGUGGUUCCCCGUCCGCGCGUCCAGACCCACUGUCGCUGCGUUCUCCACCGCAGUCCACGUCCGACGAAACUUAGGGAAGCAAGCCGUCGUUCGUCGCACACGAAACCCGAACCGAGUUGGUCUUCCUCUCAGCCGUGCGUUAAGCUGUCUACUCCUUACCAAGCCGAAUCUGAACCGUUUUGAGUCUUCUUGCGUUUGCACGCCGCUUCUGCCUUGCUGUGAGUCUUGUGGUAAGGGUAAUUUGGUGCUAUUGGAGGUGUAACGCUUGAGUUCUUGGAGUUCGCGUUGUGCUUGGAGUGUGGUUUAAGCCGCGUUUCGGUCGGCUUUGAUGGUUAAAAGUUACAUAAAAAGUAUUUAGCACAAUUUUAGCAGAAUUUUUCCGCUGGAAACCUGAUCCCGGCGUCAUCCUAGUGUGGAAAUCCCUGCCCCGUUCACAUCUCUAUUAGCGGCACACAUAAGCAACUAUUUUCUGUUCCACUCACUGAUGGCAGAUCACACGGCUCCAGACUCUACCAGCGACGUGUCGGCCGCUGCUGCCGCCGUCACCGCCGACUCAAGUUCUGCCCCACCUGUAGUUACCACACCGGUGCCCAAACGAGCUUGGGGUGAUGAAGAAGACGAUGAUGUGGUUGAAUCUGGAGACUCAUCCUCUGCGCCUUCCGAGUACUUGGAAUCCCUUAAAAUCCAAGACGAAACAAAUCUUGAAGAACCGAUAGACUCUAACAUCACAGCGGUGACAACCGGUGAUACUCCAUAUUCGUCCGCUAGUACUUUUGAGGAUUUGAAUCUGUCUAAAGAGUUGUUGAAGGGUUUGUAUGUUGAGAUGAAAUUCCAUAAGCCAAGUAAAAUCCAAGCUAUAAGUUUACCUAUGAUCUUGACUCCUCCUUACAAAGAUUUAAUUGCUCAAGCACACAAUGGUUCUGGAAAGACUACUUGUUUUGUGCUUGGGAUGUUGAGUCGCGUUGAUGUCAACUUGAAGGCUCCUCAGGCGUUUUGCAUAUGUCCUACAAGGGAGUUAGCCAUGCAGAAUAUUGAGGUUCUCAAGAAGAUGGGAAAAUACACUGGGAUAACUUCCGAGUGUGCUGUUCCUGCUGACAGUGCUAACUAUAUACCUAUGUCAAAGCGACCACCGAUAACUGCACAAGUUGUGAUCGGAACUCCUGGCACAAUAAAGAAAUGGAUGUCGUCGAGGAAGUUGGGAGUAAGUUGUGUGAAGAUUCUUGUUUUUGAUGAGGCUGAUCAUAUGCUUGGCGAGGAUGGCUUUCAGGAUGAUUCAUUGAGAAUCAUGAGGGACAUUGAGAGAAGUAGCUCUCAUUGCCAGGUGCUUCUGUUCUCUGCUACAUUCGAUGAGAAUGUUAAGAACUUUGUAUCUAGGGUUGUUAAAGACUACAACCAACUUUUUGUGAAGAAGGAAGAACUUUCUUUGGAGAGUGUGAAGCAAUACAAGUUGAUAUGUCCGGAUGAAUUAACUAAAAUUCGAGUCAUAAAAGAUAGAAUUUUUGAACUUGCGGACAAAUUGGGUCAGACAAUUAUAUUUGUGCGAACAAGAAACAGUGCAGGCAUGUUACAUAAGGCACUAGUUGAUCUUGGUUAUGAGGUGACUACUAUUCAAGGGGCAUUGACAACUGAAAUUAGAGAUAAAAUAAUAAAAGAGUUCAAGGAUGGUUUGACCAAAGUUCUUAUUUCGACUGAUCUUCUAGCUCGAGGCUUUGAUCAGCAGCAGGUCAAUCUAGUUAUCAAUUAUGAUCUUCCUCUUAAAUAUGAACCUUCUCCACAAGCAACAAAAUAUAGAUCUUCCUCGUUAUCUGAGCCUAACUAUGAGGUGUACCUUCAUAGAAUUGGUCGGGCAGGUCGUUUUGGGCGCAAGGGAGCUGUGUUUAACUUGCUGUGUGGCGAUGAGGAAAUCAUGCUAAUGGACAAAAUUCAGAACCAUUUUCGCUCCGAAAUAAUAGAGGUCCGAGACUCCGAUGAAGACAUUCAAGCAGCCUUAAAAGCUGCCGGAUUGGUUUGAUGUAUAGAAAUGAGUUUAUCAUAGUUGAUUUCAGCACCAAAGGCGAUAAACACAUGGAACAGUUGGAUGAAAAAAAAUGGAUUGAAUCAAAACGGCACUUGGCAGUUUUUUGUUUUGCUUUGACGUUGAAAGGAAAUUACAUCUGGUUGAGGUAUUCGGUGUGUUUGAGUUUGUAUAUUUCUGGCGUAUGGUUAGACUGUUGUAUAUUUGUGAUGGUCACGGGAGAGCAUCACAAGUUAAAUGUCAAAUUUCGUUAUUUAAAUUCUAGAGAUAUGUAUCUUUAUGGACCUUAAACUUUGCAUUUGUUUAAUAAAUUUCUGAACUUCUAUUUUUGUA